GUUCCGAGCCAGGCAGGGGAAGGACCAGCGUGUGUAACUUUAUCUGGGAUAGGGCGCUCGCGGGACAUCCUUGUAUCUCUCCCACCCCGGCCCUCACUUCGGCAGCUGCAGGAACACAAGGAUUAGAUUAACCGCCCACACGCAAGCCCUGUGGGGAGGGUGGGGGAGCCGUCAAACCCUCCCACCCCCUGCCAUGGAUCUUCCUGGGAGCUGCCAGCCGCGUGGGGCCCCGCUUUGAGCUGCAGCAGCUGCGCGCGGGGCAGGCAUGGGGAGGCCGCGCGGGACGCUCAGCCCCUGGCUGGGGCUGGCCGCGCUGCUCUGCCUGGCGCACGCCGCCCGGGCCGCCUUCCAGCUCACGCUCCUCCACACCAACGACGUCCACGCGCGCGUGGAGCAGACCAGCAGCGACUCCGGCAAGUGCCAGAGCCGCACUCGCGGCCGCCCCCUGGAUUGCUAUGGCGGGGUGGCGCGGAGAUACGCCAAGAUCCAGGAGAUCCGAGCCACCCACCCCAACGUGCUGCUCCUCGACGCCGGCGACCAGUACCAGGGCACCGUGUGGUUCAGCUACUUCAAGGGGCGGGAAGUGGUCCGCUUCAUGAACCUCCUGGGCUACGACGCUAUGGCUUUGGGGAACCAUGAGUUUGACAAUGGUCUGGAUGGAUUAUUGGAUCCGCUACUUAAAAAUGUUAAUUUUUCAAUUCUAAGUGCAAACAUUCAGGCAAGCAGAUCAGUAGCAUCCAGUAUCGCUGGAUAUUUUCAGCCCUAUAAAAUACUACAUGUUGGUUCAGAAAAAAUCGGAAUUGUUGGCUAUACCACUAAGGAAACAUCUUUCCUUUCAAAUCCAGGCAAUGAUAUAUACUUUGAAGAUGAAAUUGAAGCAUUGCAGCCGCAUGUGGAUAAACUUACCACACUGGGAGUUAACAAAAUUAUUGCACUAGGACACUCUGGUUUCACUGUGGAUCAAAAGAUUGCUCAAAAAGUGAGAGGCGUGGAUGUUGUAAUUGGAGGACAUACGAACACGUUUCUUUAUACAGGCCCCCCACCUUCCAGUGAAAUGCCAGCUGGCAACUAUCCAUUCCUGGUGAAGUCAGAUGAUGGGAGGCAGGUGCCCGUGGUACAAGCCUAUGCUUUUGGAAAAUAUCUUGGUUAUUUAAAUGUAACAUUUGAUGAUCAAGGAAAUGUAAUUAAAACAUCUGGAAACCCUAUUCUGCUAAAUAGCAGUAUUCCUGAAGAUAGAGUCUUGAAAGAAGAAGUUGACAAGUGGAAGAUACAGCUAAAUAAUUUUUCUUCCCAACUGAUAGGAAAAACUAUAGUUUACCUAAAUGGUACAAGUCAGGCAUGCCGUUUCCAAGAAUGCAACUUGGGAAAUUUGAUUUGUGAUGCCAUGAUUUACAAUAAUCUCAAACAUCGAGAUGAAAAUACAUGGAAUCAUGUUUCAAUGUGCAUCAUAAAUGGCGGUGGGAUACGGUCACCCAUUGAUGAACGCAACAAUAAUGGUACUAUUACGAUGGAGGACCUGCUAGCUGUACUGCCGUUUGGAAGUACUUUUGAUCUGAUUGAGUUAAAAGGCUCCACUCUCAAAGAAGCAUUUGAGCACGGUGUGCGCAGACAUGGACAAGGAACUGGCGAGCUGCUGCAGGUUGGGGCUGAGCCAUGCUGCCAGAUACAGGGCUCAGUCAGACCAGCAGCUCGGGUCCCCAUCCUGCUCCAAGGAGCUGUGACUCCAAUGCAGAAAAGCCUGAGUAGGAGCUUCGAGCAUCUGGGGGGAGAGAAGGAUGCUACCCAGCCAGCUCAGGAGGCUUUGGGAGCUCAGCCAAGAAUGCAAAUGGUUUUCGGAGAGUGCGGGAACUGUGGGAUAGCUAGAGUCCUCAGUCGUCGUCCCCACCCCCUCCGUAUUCACGUGGUCUACGAUCUUUCCAGACCACCAGGAAGCAGAGUUGUCAGCAUAGAAGUUCUUUGCACAGCCUGUAGAGUACCAGCCUAUGUACCACUCCAAAUGGAUGAAACGUACAAAGUGAUUCUUCCUUCUUUUCUGCAGCAGGGAGGAGAUGGAUAUUCUAUGCUAAAAAAUAAAUCACUGAGUCACAAUCAGGGUGAUCUUGAUGUUGAAGUAGUUUCCACUUACAUCUCUAGAAUGGGACGUGUUUUUCCAGCAGUUGAAGGACGAGUGAAGUUUUCUGCAGGAAAUUUCAUCCAAGGAAGUAUUAUGCUGAUUGCUGGCUUAUUCACUGUGAUAUUCCUGCACUUCAUUUUUUAAAUUCUCAUUUGCAAUGCUUUUUUUUAGACUGCUGCUAGAAUGCCUGCUCCCCUCCCCUUUGCCUGCACCUCCCAGCAUGUGUUUAAACAGGUCCUAGGUCUUGGCAUGCAUUCAGUAAUUAUAGUGGAGGGUCAGCUGUAUGACAGUCAAGAUUGAGACCAGCUCUCUUUAAAACAUGGCUCUUCUAAAUGCUGUACUAUGAGCUUGGUUACCUAGGUUGCCUUGAAAUUUGGUGUGCUUUGUAGGGGUUUGAGGUAGGAAUAUUGAUCCACAUUUGGGGUCACUUGACUAAGGGCUUCCUGAGAUGUGUCUCUCUGGGGAACAAACAAAACAGCUUUGCUGAAGUUUGACACAUUCUAACAGUUUUUUUGCCCAGAUCUGGGUAUCAAAGCUUGGCUCUGAAAAAAAGCUGCGACACAUACUAUACACAGGUUUAAGUGCACUUUCUUGAUAUUUCUACCCUCAAACUCAAGUUCCAAAAAGCAAAGCAUUAAAGGAAAAUAUCUUAUUCCAUUGAGAAAUAUUGUAUUCUGUAGAAAUAUUUACAAGCAUAUCAGUGUAAAAUUUUCUCUCCAUCUCUUCCCAUGCACACUGAAACAGUGAAAUCAACAAAUUUUUUUCAGCAGUGUAAGUAAAUUCCUACUUAUAGAUGCAUUACUACUUUCCUCUGUUCACUAUGGAUAAAGUUUUCACAUUUGUUUUCAA